AUUCGAUCCAUUGAACCCAGAAGAUCAGUGAUAAUUGCUAUCGCUUUUACUGUGAUCUCCCACUCUACUCUGAUAUCCUCUCGCCCUACUUCAAAUACUUUCUUAUCCGUUUCGAGAAGAGACACCAGUGACACAGAGUUGAGUCUUCGAGUUGUAUUUGUGAUUUGAAAAGGAAUUAUCAGCUCUCGCAUAAUGAUACAGUACGUCGUUUCUGUUUUCUUGGUGCUUUGCGCGUCGAGGACUGAGGCCUUUUGCAACUCAUCUCCGUGCAUCACCGUUGACGUCUAUUACGAGUCCCUGUGUCCGGAUAGCGUUCGAUUUAUCGUAAAUCAAUUGGCGACAUCGUACGACGGCUUGAAGGAUCACCUGGACAUCAACCUCGUACCCUACGGAAAAGCCAUUCACCGACGGGACGAAAAUGGAAAAUGGCUCUUCAGCUGUCAACACGGAGCCGCUGAAUGCCGAGGAAAUAAAGCACAAGCCUGUGCUCUCAAUUCAAUCCUCAACUCAUCCGACAACUUCGACAAUAAACAAUCUCUUGCAAUAAGUUUAGUUGAAUGCGUAAUGAGCAGCAGUAAUGCCGCGACAGCAGUUCCCCGGUGCACUGUGAACGUGGGAUUGAACCCUGACAUGAGGAAAACCAUAAAUGACUGCGUGGAAUCGACUGAUGGAGAUCGUCUUCUUGUAGCUCAUGGAGAUAAAACACAUUCUCUCAAUCCACCCCUGACAUUCGUCCCCACUAUUGUCCUUGAUAACGUGUAUUCUUCUGCAAACCAGAACGCAGCUCUCGUCAACUUCAAAAAACUCAUCUGCGGUCAAAUCCCAGCUGGAGCAAAACCAGCCGUUUGCAGAUAUUAUUAGAUUAAUCGAAUAUUUUAUUUAAAUUGUCCUUUGAUUUGAUUUCAAUUCAAAUCCCCCAAAUCUAUAAAUUAAUUGACAUC